UUAAUGAAUUUUUAGCAUAAACACUUUUGCUUAAUUUGAACAUUUUAUUGAAAAUAAAUUUAAUAAGUUCAAAAAAAAAUUAACGUUGUUGUACUUUCUAGUCAUGACUAAUUGAAAGUUUUUUUUUUUUUUUUUUUGGAGUUAGUUAUACGAUAAGGUGUUAGGAGUUAAUAAAUUAAAUUAUAAUGAAAGGGUCAGAGCUCGAAUUUUGGACUAAACCAAUUAUUCUAUUUGACACAAUAAAGUUGAAGACGUUAUUAUUUUGUAUAACUUUUUUAUUUGUAUAUAUUAACAUUCAACUUUAGUAUAAAAAUAGUAUAAUUUGUAAUGCAUAGGAAGUGUAAUUAUUAAAAAAAUUAAACAUCAAUCAUAGGGGUAUCUUCAAAAAAAAAAAGUUGACAUCAAAAUAUGAAUAGACAAACAAACUUGCCCCAGAUAUGCAUAUCCUAGUACAAGUCUCCCCAAAUCCCUUCUCUGGCCCACUCAAAAACCAUGAAACUACAAAACACCCUGUGCUCAACGACCAACUACGAGUUCCGAACUCAGCUUUUCCGACUCACCCCACUCUCUCUCUCUCUCCUCACACACCCCUCUCCGCCGGCGAUCACAGAGCUCCCUCCGGCGACCUCAGGUACUUUCUCUCUCUACAAACCCUUCAAACAUCACAAAAACUACAAAAAAUCACCACCAUUUCCGGGUCCAAGUCCACCUCAGAUCCGUUAACUCGGAUCUUCACAUUGCCAUGGCAAGAGCUUCCCAACUCUUUCUGGGUUUUCUCUUCCAUUGGGUUCUCCUCUCCUAUUCGGAUCCAACCCCGAGUUGUCCCAAAACCAACAAUGCUUCUCUGCUCAAUUUCGAGUCAGAGUUCGCAAUGCUUCAACACCAGUUGAGAGGGGUGUUUGAUUUGAUCGAUGAUUGCUCAUUUAGGGUCAGUGAAUUUGAUAUGCUUCAAGGGUCCAAUGUGCGUUGGUGGGGUGCUAUUGGUGAAGAUUUCGACAAUUUAACGAGUGGGUUUGUGAUAUCUGAUAUGAAACUGAACAAAACUUAUCAAAAUGAUAGCUUUGUUGUGAAUUUGAUGAAGAAUGUGACUUGGGAUGAGAUCAGAGUCGUCGCGGUUUGGGAAAUAUCAACCGCGUCAGACUUUGGGCAUGUUGUGUUGAGAAAUUUGAGUAAUGGGUCGGAGAAUUCUGCCCCAUCGCCUUCGCCAUCGGUUGGUGGGGGCAACUUGAGUGUUUGGGUUCAUGAGAAGCCAACAAUGUUUGAGAAUUGUAAGGCAUUGUUGCCAAAUUAUAGGGUUAGAUGGACAUUGAAGGUGGAGGAGGGUGUGAUUGAUAUUGGGUUGGAGGCUGCAACAGGGAUUCUGAAUUAUAUGGCAUUUGGAUGGGCAGAUCCUAGUUCGUCGUCCAAUCCUAUGCUUGGUGCCGAUGUAACAGUGACAGGGUUGAAGGAGGAUGGUAUGCCAUUUGCUGAUGAUUUUUUCAUUACCAAGUAUGUUGAGUGUACAAAAGACAAGAAUGGUAGUGUUCAAGGUGUGUGUCCCGACAUAAUUUAUGAAGGAACAGGCAAUGAUACUUCGCUGAACAACACGCGGUUGGUUUACGGGCAUAGGAAAGAUGGGGUGUCAUUUAUCCGGUUUCAAAGGCCAUUGAAAUCAGAAGAUAAAAAGUAUGAUUUGCCUGUGAAUCAUAUGGAUAACAUGACUGUGAUUUGGGCUAUUGGUUUGAUUCAACCGCCCGAUAGUCUUCACCCUUACUAUCUUCCCCAAAAUCAUGGUGGGACUUUUGGGCACUUGAUGCUCAAUGUUUCAGAGCAUGUGAAUGAUUGCUUGGGACCAUUAGAUGCAGAAGACAAGGAGGACCAAGAUAUCAUCAUUGCAGAUGGAACUGCACCGCUUGUUGUUUCCACAGGCCCUGCUUUACAUUACCCAAAUCCACCGAAUCCUACAAAAGUUUUUUACAUCAACAAAAAAGAGGCCCCUCUCUUGAGGGUAGAAAGGGGGGUUCCAGUGAAGUUCUCGAUACAAGCUGGUCAUGAUGUUUCACUGUAUGUUACUUCUGACCCACUUGGAGGGAAUGCAACACUAAGAAAUAUGUCUGAGACUAUUUAUGCUGGAGGGCCAAAAGCUGAAGGAGUCCAAGCCAGUCCGAUGGAAUUAGUUUGGGAACCUGACCGAAGCACCCCAGAUGAAGUUUACUACCAGUCAGUGUUUACACAGAAAAUGGGUUGGAAAGUUCAAGUUGUUGAUGGUGGUUUGGCAGAUAUGUAUAACAGCAGCGUCUUCUUGGAUGAUCAGCAAGUUACUUUAUUUUGGACAUUAUCAGAAUAUUCGAUAGCUUUUGCAGUUCGUGGUGAGAAAAAAAGUGGUUACCUUGCAAUAGGCUUUGGUAGUGGAAUGGUAAAUAGCUUCGCCUAUGUGGGUUGGGCUGAAGAUAAUGGAAAAGGGCAGAUUAAGACCUAUUGGAUUGAUGGAAAGGAAGCCUCAAGUAUACAUAUGACAAAUGAGAAUCUGACCCACGUAAGGUGUAAGUCAGAAAACGGAAUAAUCACUUUGGAGUUCACUCGCCCGUUGACUCCAUCAUGCAGUGAUAGUGAGAGGCCAGAAUGUAAAAACAUAAUUGAUCCUACAACCGCUCUGAAAGUUGUCUGGGCCAUGGGUGCUCGAUGGUCUCAAGUCAAUUUAAGUGAGGCAAAUAUGCAUUCUGCAACAAGUACCAGGCCAGUUCGGGUGCUUCUUAGACGUGGUUCUGCAGAGGCAGAGGAGGAUUUACGGCCUGUAUUAGCUGUACAUGGGUUCAUGAUGUUUCUUGCUUGGGGAAUUUUGUUCCCAGCUGGAAUAUUAUCAGCUCGGUACUUAAAACAUGUUAAGGGUGAUGGAUGGUACCAGCUUCAUGUUUACUUGCAGUAUUCAGGAUUAACAAUUGUCUUGCUUGGCUUUCUUUUCGCUGUAGCUGAGCUUCAGGGUCUCCAUUUUGAUUCGCUUCAUUUUAAGUUUGGAAUGGCCGCUAUAUCUUUGGCUUGUGCACAACCCGUGAAUGCAUAUCUCAGACCUAAAAGGCCUGCAAAUGGGGAAGAGAUUGCCUCAAACAGGCUUAUUUGGGAGUAUAUUCAUGUUGUUGUCGGCAGAUCUACCAUUGUUGUUGGCGUUGCAGCUCUUAUUAGUGGAAUGAUGCAUUUAAGAGAUAAAUAUGGUGACCAAAAUGUUCACGGACUCAACUGGAUUUUGAUAGUUUGGUUCUUCAUCGGUGCUCUGACAGUUGUGUAUUUAGAGUAUCGCGAGAAAAAGAGAAAAAGGGAUAGAAUUUUUGGAGGAAGCAAUUGGGUUUUGGGGAACACUGAGGAGGAUGAUACAGAUCUCUUGAGCCCAAUGCGGGCAUUUUCACAAAAAGAGUUAGAUAUAUCUGAAAGAAUGGAAAUUCAGCUAGAACCUAUAAGCAGAUAGAGAGAGAUCUUUGUUCAAUUUUUUUAUUUUAUUUUAUUUUAUAGAAUUUCUGAUGUUGGACAUCAUUUUUGAAUUUUCUUACUUCAGGAGAGAGCAAGCUUGUUUUA